AUGCAGGCAUGCUGCUUUGACUUAUUUUUCGAAGAGUACGAACUCACAGUGUCGCAUGAUGAAGCUUCCGAUGAAUCUCCUGGUCAGCCCGGUCAGCUCUAUGUAGCUGUCUGGAACGCCGCAGCUGGGGCUGAAGCAAAGUUCAGGAAGUCAGUCCGGCCGAAGGAUGCUGCUCACGACUUGUCCUCCCAAGAGUAUGACAUAAUCAUCUGCCCAGAGAGCGGCAGAGAAAACCGAGCAGCAUUUCGUGGCGAGGGCUAUCGAACAAUCGAUGGCGACAAGGGCAUCAAGAUCUUUUAUUGGCCCGUUCUCAAGCCAUGUCCGAACUCCUUAACAAAGGCCGAAAUUCCAGGAGUCGCGCGACCCGGGACGUUGGUAAGCCAGCUGUUCAAGAAUGUGGAGACAGACGAGACGGUGCUCGUCACUGGGCUCCAUGCGGGCCAUUAUGGCAACUCCGAGCAAGCCAUGAAGUUGAUUCGGGACACGCAGCGGGACAUGUUGAAGCGUAGCCCGGUCCGCGUGAACAAGGUCAUCGUUGGUGGCGACUUCAACGAGCUCGGCGACCUCAUCAAGGAGGACCGAGACAGUUGGAUGCCACUUCCACUGGAUCAUCAUGGUAAACCUUUGCUCCGCCACUGCCGGGGAAGCAUCCAUGCGAAGCGUACCCUGAAAUGCGGCGUGACCGCUGAUCACAUCUGGGUUGGAGGCAACCCCGAAGGCUACACCGCCGAUCACCUGGCCAAGGUGCACGAGCUUUACGUGGACGUUGACAUCGGAGAUACCGUGAAAUCCUUGGGCCACAGGCUCACACUAGACCAGACGCACGUGAACGGCGUCAAUGUUGUCCUCGAGCAGGCCUUAACCACCUCGAAUGUGGAGGAUGUUCUGAAGCACCUUGGCGUCCUGCAGCAGUCCGGCUCCUCGCGAUGGAGCCCUGCGUCUGGCUUCAAUCUCGACGUUCACGUCCAUGAGGUUCACGCCUCUGACAUGUGGGUUCGUGCGAAACUGAACCUGGCUGGGAUGUACGGCGUCCUGACCCAGGUGCCCAACAUCACUUGGCACGACUUCGAGACGCAGGUCAAGCCGAACUCCACGGAU